AUGAAGUCCUCAGUCUUAUCUUUUGCUGCCUCAUUGGCGCUCCAAUUUAUCGGAACCGUGCAAGCUGGCGUUAUUAUGCCAUCUUCACCUACUGUUUCGAUCAAGAACGGAACAGUACACGGUAUUAAGGAUCAAGUCUGGAACCAGGAUUACUUCUUGGGUAUUCCGUAUGCGCGCCCACCUGUGGGACCACUUCGAUUCCGUCCUCCACAGUACAUUAAUACUAAGCUUGGAAACAUCAAUGCUAAGCAGUAUGGAGUCCACUGCUUUGGGUACGGGGCGGAUCAAGAUGGAUUUACCCAGGAUGAAGAUUGCUUGACCAUCAACAUUGUUAGACCCGCCGGCACUCCAUCGCACGCAAAACUACCAGUUGCGCUUUGGAUCCAUGGCGGCGGAUUCAGAGAAGGAGGCGGCCCAGACCUACGAUAUAACAUGUCAUUUAUGGUGGAUCAGUCUAAGAAAAUCGGGUCACCAAUUAUUGGGAUCACGUUCAACUAUAGACUGAGUGGUUGGGGCUUUUUGUCCGGUUCUGAAGUCGAAGGAACUCAGAAUCUCAAUGCUGGUUUAAAAGAUCAGCGGUUGGCUAUGCAUUGGGUUAAGGAAAAUAUCAAGGCAUUCGGCGGUGACCCUAACAAAGUUACUAUCUUUGGCGAAUCUGCUGGCGGCGCCUCCGUUGGAAUGCAACAAAUUGCUUUCAACGGCCGCGACGACGGCCUCUUUCGCGGUGCCAUCCAACAAAGUGGCAGUCCUAUUUAUUGGGGCCCGAUGAAUUCUCCAAAGGACUUCCAAGCGGAAUUUAAUGCGCUUGCAGUAGCUGCCGGUUGCACCGACGCACCUAGCCCCUUGAAUUGCUUGCGGGAUGCACCGGCUGCUGUAUUGAAUACUAUUUUUCCUGACCAGUGGUGGCAGCCUGUCCUCGACGGGCAGUUUUUGACAGAGUACGGCAGCCAAGCCUUAAAGAAUGGGAGAUACGUUAAGGUACCGACUAUUGUUGGUACUACUAGUGAUGAGGGUGGAUCAUUCGGAACGAUUGGAGCUCAUCACGAUGGCCAUAUCGCCGCCCACUUUGCGACCGCUUCUUCGUGGUCAUCCGCCACAAUCCAAGAGCUUCUUACCCUCUAUCCAGCCGACGUUUCCAUCCCCCCAGCUGAAAACUUUACCGGUCAAGAUGACGGAACUUCAUUGCCAGAAAAUGGUGCUGCUUAUCAUCGCGCUGCCGCUUUUGUUGGUGAUUACAUGUUCAUUGCCAACCGUAGACACACCGCCGAAAUCCUUACCUCCCAGAACGUUCCAGUCUGGAGCUUCCGAUUCCGUGCCGUUCCCAAUGGUCUGCCAGCGUAUUCCGGCGCCGGCCACUUUGCAGAAGUUGGAUUUGUUUUCCAUAAUCUGAACGGUGAUGGCUACGAUGGUCCUUAUGACAAUGGAAAUCCACUUGGUGGACCAAAGGAGGCUGAAUACGCUGGUCUUGCGGACUUCGUGUGUAGGAGCUGGAUCAGGUUUAUUGCUCACCGAGAUCCAAGAGUUGGUACUAGCUCUUCGGAUGUGAAGUGGGUUCCCUAUGGACAUGGUGCUGGGAAGAGACAGAUCGUCUUUGAUAUUAUCAGUACAGGCGGUUCCUAUAUCGAGACUGAUGACUAUAGAAAGGAGGGAAUUGCGUUUAUGAAUGAGCACGCUCUUCAAACACACAGGUAG